CCCCGAACCUCGAAUCCUUUACUCAACUCUCUGACCGACAUAUCAACAUGGUUCGAUACCGCCAAUCCGGGUUCUGGGGCGACCCCAACUGCAACUUGUGUACCGCACACAUUCGGGAGCGAUGGUCCUCUCUGGACGUAACCCGAGAGCACGCAGAGGAUGGCUGCCCUUACUGCGCCAACAUGCUGGAGGGACUCCUCUUCCUUAUUCCCGACGUGGCGACUCGCUUCGGUGAGGAUGCAGCAUUCCGGUUCGAAAACCUCCGCGAGAUGACUGUGUAUGCCGACCCAAACGGCUCACUCAAGCAUGCGCGUCCAAAUGAGAAGAUCAAGCUGCAGUACAGCUGGUACAUGAUAGACGAGCAACAGCCGUAUGAGCCAUGUGGGGACACAGCGGCGGAAAGCAGCUUCGACGUGGCGAAUACCUGGAUUCAAGAGUGUCUGUCCAACCACAAGCUCUGCGGGAAUGAUGAGCCCACUGCACUCCCCACACGGAUUCUCGAUGUUGGUGAGGGCGCUGGCGGAGAGGGGGACAAGGAGCUGGAAAUCCGACUGAUAGAGUCCUCCGGCCAGACCGGGCGGUACAUCUCGCUGUCCCACAGCUGGGGAGGCGAGCAACCCCUGACCACCACGACAGCCACUAUCGACCAGCACAAGGCGGGGAUACCGCUUGGCAGUCUGCCCGCCACCUUCCGGGAUGCCUGCCACAUCGCGCGCCGGCUGGGCAUUCGCUAUCUGUGGAUCGACUCACUGUGCAUCAUCCAGGACAGCACGGCGGACUGGGAGCUGGAAGCCAGCCGCAUGGCGAGCAUCUACCGCAACUCGUGGCUGACCGUGUACGCGACCGCGUCGUCCUCCCCAAGCAGCGGCAUCGUCCGCAGCAACCAAGCCGUCUGGAUUGCCGCUGACGACCCCGAGGACGAGACGCUCGACAUCCUGUUCCCGGACGCCGCCAAGCUGCGCCAGAACCUCCGCCUUUCCCUCCGCUUUGCCAUCGUCCACCCCGACUUCCGCCGGUACGCAGAACCCGCCAAACAAAAGGACUCCUUCCCGUUACUAGCUCGCGCGUGGGGCUACCAGGAGCGCCUCCUCGCGCCGCGUGUGCUGCAUUUCGGCCCGCAGGAGGUGUUCUGGGAGUGCAUGCAGAUCUUGGACUGCGACUGCGGCGGCAUCAAGGACGCGUCGCUGACCCAGCACAUGGGCGUGUACGCGAGCCGCGACACCACCGGCCAGCUGCCUCCCAAGGUGUCGCACUACGCCGCGCUGCAUGUGGGCACAAGCACGAAGAGUACGAUCAAUCAGGCGAAGCGCAGGGAGAAGUUGCUCGCGCGCUGGCAGGAGAUGGUGGAGGAGUACACGAACCGGUCCUUGACGUUCUCGACGGAUCGCCUGCCAGCUUUUUCCGGGGUCGCCGCCGAGAUGGUGGAUGCGCUCGGGAUGAGGUACCUCGCUGGUCAGUGGGAAGAGACCCUACCUCAAGCGCUACUGUUCGAGCGAACCAACGCCACUGACAUGGCGAGGCUGGCCAUCAACGACGUCCGUCCGGCACCGUCGUGGUCUUGGGCGUCGCCCGAUACUCCGGUGACGUUUCCGGUUCCCUUGGCUGGGCCGCCGGAAUGGGACAAGCCUGUUGUCCACGCCAAGGUCUUGGAGGUGCGGAGUGUUCCAUCUGGGACGGAUAAGCGGGGACAGGUGAAGCGGAGCGAGUCGUUCUUGAUACUCUCGGCGGAGCUAGUGAGAGCGUCGCUGUGCUUCUCGGAUGAUCCGUACCUCCUCCCCGAUAAGCCGUGGAUGUCCAUCCGAAAUGCAGUGGCCAAGGGCAUCAAGGGCCCUCAGGCUGCCUUGGGCAAGCUCGGGCGAGGGUCAUUCAUAGUCCAAGUGCACAAGCACGAGCCGGCGAUGUUUGUCCCGGACGUUCGACUGUGUGACGAGCGCGGCGAGUGGAUUUGGAAGGAUGAGGACGAAAUUUGGUGUGCGAGGAUCAUGGAUUCGAGGGAGACCAAGUAUUGGCUUGUUUUGAGACGGAUUGGGGAGGAAGGUUCAACUUAUGAAAGGAUUGGAGUCGUCAGGAAUGAUGAGGCCAUAUGGUCAUCGCUCGACGACAAGACCUCGAUCAAGAUCGUCUAAACAGUUAACGGCAAUACGGCGCGGGCAUUAAACGUGGCGUUACCAUCUUUCCCCACAACACCUUAACCUCAUCUAAUCUCUCCAGCGAGUGCGCUACGUGUCACGAUCCGACCUCCGGGGUCAACCGUCCGGUCGGGCUUCGGGGUUGCUGUUCUGCGAAGUAGGUAAAGCUCAAGCAAUAUCACAACUGGUCGAAUGUCGUUCUCUCUCUGGGGUUGUCGUGUCUCUUGGAAGAGAUACCAGUCUCGGCAAUUGAGUGACUAGUUCAAGUGUGGGUGAGAAUGGUACUUAGAUUGAUCGCUGAAG